AUGCCACCAAGGCAACUUCUCAGGCUGGUCCCAUGGGCACAUCUCGAAGAGUGGGACUAUGUCUUCUCCUGUCUUUACGCAGCAGACGACACCCCUCAAGGCGUGCAGAGUCGCUUGAACGGCGUCAAGCGGGUCAAAGCAUGGAGAAACCGUGGGAAAGUCCCACAUGCGAUAGACUCCACCGCCACCUUGGUAGAGAUAUGGUUGCGAGACGGAUGCGGAGGGACGUAUGGUCCUCCAUAUAUCUCUGAACAUGAACUGCGGCUUAUGUAUACCAUGACCUUCGUGAGAUUUGUUAAUGGGUUCGUGGACGCACACCAAAAGGGCAUGUACGCAAUCAGCGUGUCCACCAUCGCCGAACAGAUGGGAUUACCGGGGUGGUUUGUCGAUCUUCGACACGCAGGCACGCACGAUCAGCUGCCUAGUCUGGCACUAUUGAGAGCCGGAUGUAAACAGGCCUUGAGUUGGUUACAUGCGAACUAUUGGACGGCGAACAAGCAUUACAUGGCCACGACAGGCGCUGAGAUUCGAACAUUGCUCACGCAGUACAAAGUUCUCAGGAAGCAGGAGGCGAAAGGGGCCGCAAACGACACGUCACAGUCGCAAAGCAUCCUCGCAGAAGUCGUCGCAUUGAACACAUCGGAGACGUACAAUGACUUCCUAGUACCAGUGCUACUCGAUGAUGGGUAUUUGGUACCGACAGCAAUAAAAAAGCGAACCCCUUCAGAGGGGUCGGUUCUGCCCGACACGCUGUUCAACCUGUGGCGAACCGCAUUAUCCAGCUUUGAGGACGCAUGGCCCGGGUUUUUGGAAGACUUGUUCAAUGCCAUUGUGGAGAAUCUGGGUUCCGAUGAAGGACUUGGACCGGCGGAUGCACUCGGCGCCGAAGCAGCGAACGCUGGGAGAAGGGAUGAGCCAACCUUCCGGGCAACAUUGGCUGCAUGGGCCGGCCACAUUCUAAGCCAUGACCUGCUACGGCGCGGGUCCUCGGUAGACUGGGAACCAUUACUGGAAGCAUGUUUACGUAAGCCUAACGCCUCCGUCCGCCCUUUGAUUGAGGUGUUCGAAAAAAGUGUCCCUACUCUUAAUGGCAAGCUCAAACCGUUCCUUGACUUCAUUGAUCGAUCCACCCGAUUUGGGCAGAGCGAGUCGGAGCCGUCCAAGAACACAACCCCAGCGACUGACCGGAUCCCCGAGCUCCGCGACCGACUUGCGGUAUUCAAAGAAUUGUCGUCAAAUGCACAUUCAAAUAGGUCGAAGUCAAACAAACGCCCCCUCAAAACCACACUGGCACCCGCUAUCCCAGCGGCCGGCUGGACGCACGCCAUCCCAGAAGAGUGGCGGAAAUGCCCUAUCGGAUCCCUGCCCGGCGGCGCGGUGCCGGAUUUGGACCUCCCUGAGUGGUUUGAUGAUGGCGUCUGGUUGGAACGAAAAGGCAUUUUGCAGAUCCCAUGUUUUCCGGGCCCGGCGAAUGGACAACAGGAGGAGGAGCCGACGUCAUAUGAGGCCGAAACGGAUGCGUAUGACGGCAUGGACAUUGACCAUCACCCAGCAGACGAGGCAUUUGCGCAUGUGGAACGGGAGGAGAAGGACGACACUCCUGAGCCAACCUACCGUCACACCCCCGCGGUGUCGGCGGGAACGGUGGCGACUCAUCCUGUUUUGUUGCUCUAA